AUGUAUUGUAACACCAAUCGACUACAAAUCCUGCAGGCUAACUGCUGGAAAUCGCGGGACGAGGUCCAGAUGCAUCUCUUUGGUGAGAGCGAGGUGCAAAAUUACGAUAUCCUGGCUAUCCAGGAACCCUACAUCAACAAACAUACCGACCCACUAACAACAUACUCACUAGCGCUCAAGGGCAGCUUCCAUAUCCUACUGCAGCCCACACCCAAGGAAGAAUACAAGAAACGCCCACGAGUCUGUUUCUACGUCAAUAGAGGGCUAGAUCCAGCCACAUGGGAGGUCCAAUACCAUAAUAGAGAUCUGAGCACAUUGACACUUCAUACAGCCGCCCAUGGAACCAUCCAUAUUCAUAAUGUAUACAAUCUAGGAGUCAAUAGCAACGAGGAAUCUGUAAUUAGCGCCCUGCAAACCGCCAUGGCACCUAGGGCGCAGCAUAUUGUAUUGGGGGACUUCAACCGACAUCACCUGCUGUGGGCGGGCCCGCGGUACCGACACGUUGAUGAGGAGGCCACCAAAUUGAUUAAUCUUAUGGAUGAGCAUGGGCUCGAGCAGCUCUUGCCACCAGGCACAAUCACGUACGAGAGGGUUAACGCCAAAUCUACAAUUGAUCUGGUGUGGGCAUCGCACAAUCUAGCCAACCGGGUAUGGAAUGCAACAGAUUGGGACCUCUUCCUUAAACUGAUGGACAUAUACAAUUGGCACCCAAGGGAGCUCAAUGACAAUGAGGCGAUCAAUGAGGCGAUCCGCUAUCUAGUUGAGGCAAUCAAUCAGGCAGCUGAGCAAGCGACACCUACAAAACAGAUCAGCAUCUACUCACGAGCGGGCUACACCCCAGAGAUGGCAAAGCUUAAACACCACGUAUCUAGGUGUAGACGACACGCACGUCGUAUAAAUACAGAUCAGGUAUGGGAGGACUACGCAGAGGCUAGGAAAGAGAUGAAACGGCGCACCAAUGAGCUCGCACGAGAUCUACAUCGCCAACGAAUUGAGCAGGCAACAGAGUCAAUAGAUGGAUUCUGGAGAAUUGCCCGUUGGGUCCGCAAUAGGGGCAAACCACGUGCCACGUUUACCCCAACGUUACACUACAAUAACACGAGUUACACAGCCCCAAAGGAGAAAGCAGCCCUAUUCCGAGAGGUCCUCCACCCAGAGCCCCCAGAGGCAGAUCUGUCAGAUAUUGGGCCACAAUAUAGAUAUCCCAAACCGUAUACGAUGCCACCAAUCACGUUAGACGAACCCGACAAAGCACCAGGGCCAGAUGGAAUCCCUAAUCUGGUCCUACAAAGGCUGCUCCCUACUAUCGAGGCCUAUCUCGUUAAUCUCUUUAAUGCAUGUCUACGUCAACAAUACUGCCCUGACCAUUUCCGAAAGUCGACAAUAGUCAUCCUUCGCAAGCCUGGAAAGCCUGAUUACUCUGAUCCAAAGGCGUACCGCCCAAUAGCGUUACUGAGCACGAUUGGCAAAGCACUAGAAUCAGUGUUAGCCAGAUGUCUCAGCUAUCUAGUGGAGCAAUAUAAUCUUUUACCAAAGCAAUAUAUUGGAGGACGUCGCGGCCGCUCAUGCGAACUAGCAAUCCAUCUCUUACUAGAAGAGACCCAUAGUGCGUGGAGAGAGGGCUCACGAGUAGCCUCAGGGCUUGCACUUGACGCGGCAGGGGCUUUUGACAACGUCAAUCAUAUAAGGCUGAUACACGACCUACGAAAGCGCCAGGUGCCAGAUGACCUGAUUGGCUGGAUUGAGAGCUUUCUAAGUAAUCGCCGCACGUCAAUCACACUCCUAGAGGGCAAUAUAGGGGAAUUUCUAGUCAAUACAGGCAUUCCGCAGGGCUCCCCAUUGUCACCAAUCCUAUUCCUAUUCUUUAAUGCAGAUCUUAUUAAGCAGAUACUCGCCGAGUGCCCGGACGUGAUUGUACUUGGAUAUAUUGACGACAUCUUCAUCAUGACAUAUGGGACCUCCGCCGCAGCCAACUGCCACACACUCACCAAAGUACACCAGGUUGCAGAGCGCUGGGAGAGGACACAUGCCUCUAAAUUUGCGCCUGCCAAAUAUCAACUUACCUACUUUUGGCGGAAGCACCAAAUGGUGCCUAAGCCGAGUGGUAGGCUGGAUGUACCUCUCAUAAUCAAGGGAGUAGAAAUUAAGCCUACGGACUCAAUCAAAUAUCUAGGAGUUUAUCUGGAUACCCACCUCACUGGGGAAGUGCACGUACAGGAGAUGAGAAAGAAGGCUGCAAAACUGGUGGUGGGAUUAAGCUCAAUCGCAGGAUCGACAUGGGGAACGCCCCUGGUUCAUCUAAGGAAGAUAUACACGGCUGUCCUCCAACCACAGAUCAUGUACGCGUGCUCCACGUGGUAUAUACAAGGUGGAAGAGGGUUCACCGGUGCGCAGCGAGCUGCAGAGCAAGCCAUCCGAUCGAUCCAGGAUCAGGCUCUUCACCAGAUAUCCGGCGCGUUCAAACAUACGUCACGACAGGCCCUAGAGGUCUGUCUCCAUGUACCACCUGCAGAGCUCACGCUCGCAAAGCUGGCUGAGGAGGCCUGCCUGCGGAUCAUGACCUCACCACUUCGAUCUACGCUUUACCAAAUACGUGGCCAAGCCCACUGUAACGACCCAUACACGUCGCCACUUCAUCGAUUGGAAACAGCCAUCGACCGCAAACUGGGGAGUGAUACUAGCCAACGCAUCGAGACAAUCUACCCCUUUGUAGUGCCACCGUGGUGGGAGCCACCAGAAGCAAGGAUUAACAAUACCCGUAAGGAGGCUAUCAAGGCUAUUGAAGCAAUCUCAGGAACAGAUACAACAAUACAGUUCUUUACCGAUGGGAGCGGCUUUGACAAUGGGAUUGGGGCAGCGGUCUACUCAUCAAUAGGACAGGCUUAUAAGCUAGUAGGCUCAUCUAACACACAUACUGUUUAUGCAGGGGAACUGGAGGGAAUCGAUGCGGCAUUGGAAAUCCUACUCCGAAGCCAGCCAUGCGACGACAACCCACACGAAGCCACAAUCUACACAGAUAAUCAAGCCGCAAUACGCGCCACGUGCCAGCCAGGGCGGUCCUCUGGGCAGUAUAUCCUUCGACGGAUCGUACGACACCUGGGCCUCCUACGCGACAACCGAUCUCGAUGGCGUGUACGACUACAGUGGGUGCCAGGCCACGAAGGGGUCCCAGGCAACGAGAAAGCAGACCAGCUGGCAAAGUUGGCUGCAGUCAAGGCGACACGGCGUACACAGGAGAACGCCCGCAUAGCCAGGAUCAGCGCACCCAAUCAGACUACACCACACGCCGCACGAAUGUCGUAUAUUCCAAAUCAGUCAACUAUCCUUAUGGCAGUGUGUCGCCAGAGGCUACAUGCAGGCUUUGCAAAGAGGUGGAAGGAACAGUGGGAGCAUGCCAACCAUGGACGGCAUCUCUAUCGGAUAAUCAAAGCACCAACGAAGAUGGUGUUGCAGCUGCACGAGGGAUUACGAUGGGCUUAG